GUGCAAUAGUACAAUUUACAAAUUACAAUCUUUUAGUACAAUCUGCGAUAUCUGGGCAUCCACAUUCGCCAAAAAAUGUGCGGCUAAAACCCCCCGCGACCCGCAAAGCGGCGGCGAAACAGUCGGACAAAAGCGACAUAAAGAAACGAAGCGAGAAGAAGACGGGCGAAUUAAACAAGUUUCGUUUGCGUGGAACGAAGAAUUGCGUGGAAAGAAAGCGAGCGUAGAAGAAGCAGAAGAGCAGCAAAUGCAAUAAUGUUUAAUGUUUAAACAAAUUUGCCAAGGAGUUUCGUUCUUUUUUUCGAAUCGUCAUCCGUGAAUGCGUGUGUGUGUGAGCUGUGAGUGCGUGUGCCAGCGUGUGUGUGUGUGUGCAUGUUGUGAAGUGGAAAGAGUGGAAAUAAAAUGAGAGUGUGCAAAUGAAGUUGGCCAAGCCCAAAACAGCGAGAAUUAAUUAAAGCGACUAAGAAAAGUGCCCGUCGCCCAAGGAUUAAUCACGCCCAGGGGUCAAGCAACCACCCACCCCGCCAAACCAGCCAACCAACCAAACAAAAACACAGAGAAAAGAGUGAAAACCGAUCGGCAGCAGGACGCCGAAGGACCCAAAAUGAGCGAGGAACUGAAAGUGGUGCUGCGGCGCAGCGAGCAGCAUUCCGGUUUCGGGUUUUCGCUACUCGGAACCACCGGACCGCCACAUGUCAUCUACGACAUCGUCGAGAAUUCGCCGGCAGCCGAUUGCGGAGCGGUUGAGGCCGGGGAUGUCAUCCUCAAAGUCAACGGAACGGAUGUCCAUCGCUACACAACGAAGGAAGUUCUCAAAUGCCUGCGCCUGUCGGAACAGCUGGUGACCUUGGAGCUGAAGCGAGAUCCCAAGCUCAAGGCGCGGAUCAAAGAGCAGCUGGCCAACACCCAGAGUCCGCACUAUGUGGACAUUGAGUCGCCGAACAUAUACGACUACCACAGCAGCAGCACCAACUCCUCGCCGAAUCACCGGCCAAACGCUGGUGGUAAGGGGGCGGCGACCACGCCCUCGCAGAGCGGACUGCGCUACAAGUCGCCCACGCACUUGCCCUCGCUGCGGCAGAAUUCGUCGCCACUGCUGGCGAGUGGAUCCACCACGACCACAACCACCGCCACGCAUACGCACAGCCACAGUCGAAACUCCUCGGCCAGCUCCACCAAGAUCAAGGUGGUGGAGACGAGCAUCACCACCUCGACCACGAACGUAGUGGGUCUCACAUCGCCCACUGGUAGUGUCGGCGGUGGUGGUGGUGGGGAGGCCACCUCGCCCACCUUCCGCCCCUCACGCAUUCCACAGGCGCUCACCAAAUGUGCCGUACCCAAGCCCGUGCCCGUGCUCCAUUCGCCGCAGAAUAAGCGGCCGCGCCCCUCGCAGAUUCCGACAAAGGCGGCGAACGGAAACGGGAACGGACAUACCGCCCAUCUGCCACCGCAAUCGCUGCAGCACUCGAACAGCUACAGCGGCAGUCCGGUGACCAGGCAGCGGUUUGCGGACAGGGAGCCGGAGCGGGAACCGGAACCGAACUCGGCGCCUCCGCAGCCGGCGAAAGCGCCACGCUUUGAGGCUUACAUGAUGACCGGUGACCUUAUUCUCAAUCUGUCCCGGACCCCGCAGACCAGCAACCCGCUUCCCGCCCAGGCCAAAAAGGUGGACAGCCUUCGCGAUUCACCCAGUCGUCUGGUAAAUCCGCGUAUCAACGGCGCACUUGCACCGCGUGCCUCUGGUGAAUCCUCGCCCACGUCCUCCUCCUCGGUGGACUCGCCCACCAACACCAGCUCAGAUUCCGUGAAGCGUGAGGCGAAGCUGCUGCAGAAGCAACAGCAGCAGCAACAAACUUACCAACAGCAACAGCAGCGGGACAGCAUCAACAACAGCUACAACCGUAAGGAUUCGCUGACCAACGAUACGCUGCUGAUGUGCGAGGAGUUGGAGCCGGACGAGGAGGCCGAGUAUGUCCUUGAAGAGGACAACAAGCAGCAGCGGCAGCGCCAACAGCAACAACGAUACCACCAGCAGCAGAAUCAGCAACGCUACGAAUACUACCAAAACGAGGACGAGCUGGAGGAACAGGAGGAGGUUGAGGAGGAGCGCGAGGAGGAUCAAACUCACUACGACAUCACCAAUAUCGAAACCUAUCAGAGCGGCGUGGGCCGAGGUGACGACGAUGACAGUGAUCGGCAGUGCCUGGUGGACGACGACGAUGAUGACGAUGCCUACGACGAUGAGGAGAACGAUGCGGGCGACGAGGAUUAUUCCACCAACUCUAUGGGCUCCGGUUCAGCCAAGCAACGAUUGCGGGCGCUGAAACAGCGCACUGCCACCCGCCAACAGCAGCGCAACCGCGAUGCCGUCGACUGUGCAGGACGCUCCGGAUCAGGAUCUUCAUCUACCACGGUCAAGAGCGAGGCUGGCGGCCUGGGCCUAGAUGAAACCUCCUUCUCAGUGCCAACCUCUCCGAUCUCGCUGUCGACGCCGCUGAUCGACAAGGAGACAGCCAACUCGGUGCCCACGAGUCCGGAGCCCAGUUCGCUCGUUCCGGAGUCGAGCAGUGGCGCAGGCGCCGGAGCUGUGUUGGUGCGCCGGCACAACGGACAUGUGGUGCGGAAGUGUGAUGCCGCCGGUUUCCGCACCAGCAAGUCCGAGGACCAUUUGCAGCAGAUCCAGCGCGAGGACAUCGCCGCCGUGAUACCCAUCGACAUUGAUGAGGAUGUGAAUAGCUCGCUGAACACGCUGCUGGACACGCGUCAGGACUCCGAGGACUCGCAGGCAUCGGAUCGCGAUCGGAUCGUGUGGACCUAUAAUGCGCCUCUCCAGCCGCACCAGUUGGCGGCUCUCCAGAGACAGCAGCAACAGCAAGAGCAGCAAUUCCAGCAGCAGCAACAGCAGCUCCACCAGCAACAUCUGCAGCAACAGCAGCAACUCCAGCAGCAGCAGCAGCACCAGCAGCAGCAACAACAGCAGCAGCAGCAACUCUACGGUCAGCAAUCGCAUUCAAAUUCACAUUCAAGUUCCAUUAGUUCGUCGCCCCAGCACUCGGCUGUGGGCAGUCCGGCCUCGCCCACGUCGGUUUCCUCGUCGGUGAUGUCCUCGUCGGGCUCCAAGGGCGCCCUGGGCCUGGGCAGCAGCAGCAAUGGUCCCAUGGCCGCCGUGCAGCAACAACAGCAGCAGCAGCGGGAACAGGGCGGCCAGGUCGCGCAUCCGCCCAGCGGGAUUCCUGGCCUGCUUAGCUGCCCAGGUGGUGGGCCCGGAAACAAUGGUGGUGGUGGAGGCAUUGGUGGUGGUGGCAACAACGAUCAGAGCGUCUCAGAGGCCAUUUCGAAUAUAUCUAGUCCCGACUACCAAGACGACGAUAAUUUAUUGAGUUCUCGCGAUAUUCUAGGCGGCAUGGUACUUAGCGAUCCCAGUGAUUCGGACUCCACCAUUCUCGUCUCGGACGCGGCCGCCCAGCAGCGCCAGCAGCUCAAGCAGCAGUUGCGCGCCCAGCAGCAACAGCAGAGAGAAAGGGAACGGGAUAGGGAUCGAGACAGGGAACAGUCCGAGCACAAGGUGGUCAUCCAAGUGCGCGGACUGGAUAGCAACAGCAGCGGCGGCGGCAGCGUCAACUGCACAAACGGCCGCUCCGAGGAGGAUGUGGUCACGCUGACGGACGAGCCGCUGGGCACGAUGACCGUCGGUAUGCGGGACGCCUCGCCGCCAGUCUCCGAUGAUGGCAGCGAUGUGGAGUCCCUCCACUCGUACCACUAUUCGCCCAAGGCCGUGGACUUGCCCUCGGCUAUACGCCUGGCCAAAAGACUGCACUCCCUCGACGGUUUCAAGAAGAGCGAUGUGUCGCGACAUCUCAGCAAGAACAAUGACUUUAGUCGAGCGGUGGCCGAUGAGUAUCUCAAGCAUUUUAUCUUUGAGAAGAAGUCACUUGACCAAGCGCUGCGUGAGUUCUUGCAGCAGUUCUCGCUGUCCGGCGAAACGCAGGAACGGGAACGGGUGCUGGUGCACUUUUCCAAGCGCUUCCUCGACUGCAAUCCUGGCACCUUUAACUCGCAGGACGCCGUGCACACGCUGACCUGUGCCAUAAUGUUGCUAAAUACGGACUUGCACGGCCAGAACAUGAAUCGCAAGAUGAGCUGUGCGGAAUUCGUCGACAACCUGGCAGAUCUCAACGAUGGCGAGAACUUUCCCAAGGAUGUGCUCAAGUCGCUUUACCAGGCCAUUAAGACCAAGCCGCUUGAAUGGGCUCUAGAUGAAGAGGCUGGUGAUCUGCAGCAGCAAAGAGCCAACAAUAGUGCCCUGGGCAAUGUGGGCCACAAUCCCUUCCUUGAUCCCCCGGAACUGGCCACGGCUGUGGAAUACAAAAAAGGCUAUGUGAUGCGUAAAUGCUGCUAUGACAGCAGCUUUAAGAAAACUCCCUUUGGCAAACGAUCCUGGAAGAUGUUCUACUGUACGCUGCGUGAUCUUGUGCUGUAUUUGCAUAAGGAUGAGCACGGUUUUCGUAAAAGUCAAAUGUCCGACAAUCUGCACAAUGCAAUACGCAUACAUCACGCACUGGCCACCAAGGCCAACGACUACACCAAGAAGCAACAUGUGUUCCGGCUGCAGACGGCCGACCAGGCCGAGUAUCUUUUUCAGACUAGCGACUCCAAGGAGCUGCAGUCGUGGGUGGAGACGAUCAAUUACGUGUGCGCCGCUAUAUCAGCGCCGCCGCUCGAGGGCGGGGUGGGCAGUCAGAAGCGAUUCCAGCGUCCGCUCCUGCCCAGCAAACAAUCCAAGCUGUUGCUGAAGGAGCAGUUGGAUUCGCACGAGGUGCAGUUGGCGCAAUUAGAUCAGGAGCUUAACGAGCACAAGAAGGGUCCAAUUCCCAGCAAGGGCUUGGCUCUGCAGAACUACAAGGAGAAGGAGAGCUACUUGCAGUAUGAACUUCGUCGCUAUCGCACCUAUGUGAGCAUCCUAAGCGCCAAGAUGCUGGCUGACCAGCAGCAGUUGGAGCUGCAGGCGCAGCAGCCGUCUCCAGCGUCGCACGAGGAAGAGGCCGACACAUUCCCAGUGGGCACCACUGCCUGCCCGCCACCCACGCCGCAAAGUAUUAACCAGAAGGAUCAGCAGAAGGAGCAGCAGCAACAGCCAACGAACAGAUGGUUCGAUGUCUUCUGCUGCUGUUGCCCACUCUGGCGGCACUUGAUCCAUUCGAAAAGCCUUUAAACAACUUAGUCUCUUGCCAAGAUUUAGCCAUCAGCCAUCAGCCACAGUACACGAAGCACCACAACUCAGAGGCUAGUGAUCCGCUCCAAGCUCCAAGAGGUGCUCCUUGUAAAUGCUCUGACCCGUACUGACCUGAUCACCUGUCUUCUUAAAUGUGAGCAGGCCGAGGCCAAAACUCAAUGUUUAUUGCUAACUCUUCAGUGUCUAGCUUGGCUUAGUGCGAUCCUAAACGAAUUCCCACCAUCCGAUACCCCGUUUUUUAUUUCCAAUCACGAUUGCUAACCUCGCUUAUCGUUCUACACUUGCAGAAAAGAGAAGAAAAAGAAAUAAUUACUUUUUAUUUCGCUCUUGAUUUCGAUCAUUUCAAAACUCGCAUACCAACCAACACACACACCUACAUCACAAUCCCCGCCUCUUGGCUAUCGAAGCAGGCGAUUGAACGAAUUUGAAUAUAAUACUCCAAAAUGCCACGCUGCCUGCGACGGGAACACGAAACAGAUCAGAUCCACAGAACACCUGAACCACUGAACCACUCACCCACUCGCAUACUCAGCACCACUCACGCCACGCCAAGCCACCACCCAAAACCCACUUACACUCAAGCGUUGCGGCUGUGCCGUGUCCGCCACUGAAGAAAUUCGGAAUUCGUGCACUUUCAAUUACUUGAACCCCAUCCGGGUUCUUCCGCGAGGAAGAGAUCAUUUGAGACAAUUAGACUACCAAUGCGAUAAUUAACGAGGGAGAAUUUUACGUUUGAAGGUCGUUCAUCAGAAGACAUCGGCAUAAUCUCGGCAACCAAGAGGAUUAUCUCGAAUUCGAGCACUAUUUAUCCCAAAUUGGGGGUACUCGAGAUCGGUUUCACCUGAUUUAAAGCUACACAGUCUCGAUUCUAUUCGAUUCGAAUCGUUUCGAAUUUAAAUUAUCGUUCACAUUUGCUUGGCCAAAGAUUCUGCUGGACGGCUGUUUAGGAACGAGAAUGAAAACUGCUUAUACACAUAGACUUAUUAUUACAAGAGUUGAUAAACAAUACUUACAUCAUUACCUAUGCUAUCAUUAUAAAUGAUAAAAAUAAAUUAUAAAUUAAUGAACAAUAUCUCUACACAACCAGAAGAUGGUGAACAUCGGCAGUAACAAUAACGAAAUGAGAAAGAGGACAAGCGCAUUAGCAUUAGCAGCCUAAGCAAUUACUACCAUACCAUGUACGACUUGUUUUUGGUCUUUUGCGAUACAUUAUCACAUUAUCUGUGUAGGUACACUUACUCCAAUAUUAUGUACGGAUUAAUAUAUUUAUUUAAACAAUUAUCGGUUGAUUACGCGACAUGUCCAUGUAGCUAGAAUAUGAAAUUAAUAUCGAUUACGGGGUAAAGAAAGAAGGAGGAAACAAUAAAAUUAAAGGCAUAUAUUUUUGAAUAUA